GCCCGCAUCACUCGCGUGGUGAUAGCUGGACUUACAGCCGUAGAGAUCCCCCUCAUCCAGACUUAUCUGAGAAACCUAGCGACGCAGUCUCGAGAACGUUGUCGCCCUUCAGAUCAUGUCCGCGAAGCUUCUAUCAGCCUCGAUGAAAGGACCGGCACAGCUGCUUCUCAGCGAGAUCCAGCAACAGACUGGAAUGGAUCGGUUCAAUUCGCUGCGCAGCGCAACCAUUCGAUACGGCCCCGUGGAACUUGACAAGAGGAGAAGUAGCUUGUACGUGGAGAGCGAUAGAAGGGAACGACAUGAGCUGGAUCUCGAUAGUAUAAUGUUGCGCCUGACAUGCUUGAGUGAUUGGGUGGCGGCGCAGAGGGGGUUUGUAGCGUUGCAGUUGAGGAUUGUAAGUGUUUUGGAGAGGUUGAUGAAGAGUGAUUGGUGCGGAGGGAAUCUUGCGAGGGAUGUAGGAGGAAAAGUGCAAUUUGUCGACAGUGAUGCUGCGAGAAACGAGUUGGUGUUUCGACGGAGACUAGAGUUCAUCCGUCAGAGCCUCGUUUCAGCGGAGCAGAAAUGCAUGUCCUUGGAUCACAGCAUCACUGCGCAGGUACAGACCAUAUACUCCCUCAUCGCCCAAAAAGACAACCGUCUCAACAUUGCGGCCGCAAGUGCUUCGUACCAGAUCGCAUCUGACAGCCGACGGAUUGCGAUUCUGACGCGAAAGGAUAGCACUGAUAUGCGAAUCAUUGCCGCUGUGACGUUGGUGUUUCUGCCGGGCACGUUUGUUGCCACUGUCUUUUCGAUGGGGUUAUUCGAUUGGGGGUUUGCCAGUACUACCGGUGGUGGAAAUGCUGGCCAGAGCCUGGGUAAACCAAAAACAGACGAUGAGAAAGGAUUGAAAGUGUCGCAGUAUCUGUGGGUCUAUCUGGUGUUCACGGGUGUGUUGACAUUGAUGGUGUUGGUGGGUUGGGGAGCGUUUUCCUGGGUGCAGAGCCGGAAGAUGGUGAGGAGGUUUGGGAAGGACGUUAAGUUAGAUAUCGAGAAGAUGGAUAGGAAUGUUUCGAAAAUGCGUGGAUCGGCUGAAGAUACUAAGAGUUUACGUCGAGAUACUGAGAGCACGAUGGUGGAGGGAGGGCGCCUAUCUGAGCGAUUCUCGAAGGUGUCGUUGGGAAAGAUGCAAACGGAGAACGAGAUGAAGGGUGCGCUGAUGUGGUGGAAGGAAGGGCUGAAGCUCAAGAAGAACCCUGGGAAUGUGAGCCAAAGUAGUUGGGAGGGUAGCGAGGACGGAUGGAAGAGUGCAUGAGACCAGAGAUUGGACAGAAAUCGGGUACUCGUGGCAGGUGGACAAUUGCUCCCUCUUACAGUACAGUAAUGUUACAUCC